AGGAGUUGGAGUAUUUACGAGUCGUUUAUCGUCCGGUGCUGCGUGUUACAACUCUGCUUCAAUCAGAUCGAUGCGUGACUAGAAGCGCUAUGCUUCAUAGCCCUGAAGAUAUUAAGCGAAUACCAAUUAUAGCGAGGGGGGCGAACGCGAAACAAGUACAACUUCUUUCGGAAGAACCAGAAUCGUUUACCUCGUGACUGACAGACUGAGCAAGUUGACGCCCAAAACUCUUUUCUUUGACGGACAAAAAAGAACCUUGAAUUUAAAGGCAACUAACAUGGAGCAUUCCCAGCACGGGGCCUCCGUGUCCUCCACGAGGCCUUCGCAUGGAGGUGGCAGCCCGAGCGGGGACAAGAAGAGAACGCAGCUGUUGUUCGAUAUGAGUCUCAAGCAGGGCGACCAUGCCGCCGUGUUUCUGCAUGGCGAGAGCUACAAAGGCGAGUGGCUGAACGACAGAAAGCACGGCUACGGGGUGUUCACAUACAAGGACGGUAGGAAAGUUUUUGUCAUGCAGGAACAGAUGACAUAUUCGCAUGGUCUGAGUUGAAACUACAACCCUACAUUGUCUCUAUUUGCACACAUUUUCACCACAGGCGGCAGCAAAUAUGAAGGGCAGUUUGCACACAACAAGAGAGAAGGCGAAGGAGUCCUGUGGAUGGCAGAGGGAAAACUAAAGAUGCGAAAGGAAUACAUCGGCGUAUGGAAAAACGACAAGAGGCACGGGAAAGGUAUUUUUAUUCUAGUGGAUUCGAUGAGACAGAGAAAGUAGAACAUUACUUGUCAUGCAGAAGACGAUGAAAGCCAGCAACUGCAAUAGCAAUACUACUGGUAGUACCAAGACGAGGUCAAUUUGGUUUUGGUUUGUGCUGCAACAACACACUGACAAUUUGAAUUUUCCACUCGAAACCAUUGAAAAAAAGGCACCGCCUUUUACCCGCAUGGCGAGUGUUACCAAGGCGAGUGGCAAGACAACAAGAGACAUGGAGAAGGGCAAAUGAAGUACAAGGACGGGUCACUUUAUGUAGGGCAGUGGUUCGACGACGUCAGGACAGGCUACGGUACAUUUUCAUUUUGUUUAGCCGUGUUAUUCAGGAUUUGCAUGACAGAGUCGGCCUGUAAAAACAAAAAGUCAUCACACCAACACAACAAUAAAAACAGGUCACCUAACAAAGGGAAACGGCGACGUAUACGAGGGCUAUUGGGUGAAGGACGCGAGGGAAGGCGGGGGCAGUUACUUCUACAAGUCCACCGGAAAAGUGUAUGUGGGCGAGUGGGCAGCAGACCAACCCAUCGCAGGGUCCUUCCAGCAGGCUUUAAAAAAUCCAGCGGAGCCAGGUACAACAAAAAUAAUCUUUCGUAGACGUACAAAUGGAUGCUGAAUCUCUGUCAUGGGAAUGCGAAAGGCACAGUGAGUUAUUUCUCAUGCAAGUUACUCCAACAAAGAUAAACACAAACUUGAAAAUAAACCGAGGUGUCCUCCCCGUGACCAACAUCGUCCCGAACCUCCAGCUCCAGGAUUCGGAAGAGGUGCUCGAGACCGCCCUCCAGCACGUUCGUGCCAGCAGGCUGCUUUUCCGCGCCGCGCACACCCCACUGGAAAAACUGUACCCGAACACCGCAGAUUUGCAACAACUGAAGCAAGCGUUUGCGGCUUUAUCCCCGGACCAACUGGCGAACCAAUUUCACGCGGUGGUCACUACGCACCUGGAAAUCCUCCCACCGACAAGUUCGAAGACAAAGUUAGACGCCGUCGUCGCCUAUCAAAUGUAAAAAUGUCUGGGUCUGGAAGGUUGGAACUUGUGAUGCUAACUUUGGACUCUCAAAAAAACUGCAUUGCAUGACCACCAAGAGGAGUCUAGUUUGUGCUACGCAGGGAGGGCAUUUGUCAUGCGGAGUAGACAUCAGGAAGCGAAGCCCUCUAAAAAUCUGUGAUGCUAGGUUGCGCAUUACAGAUAUCCUGGGUUAUGCGAAAUAUGCAUGACAAACCCGGAAACAUUCCAGACCCAGACAUUUUUGCAUUUGAUAUCGCGAAAAUGUUUUUGUUGCUCGGGCAGGUGGACACGGACCGGUGGGAAUUUCCGGUUUUCGCUAAAAUCGUCGCUGAUAUGCUUUGUAAUAUUGCCAUGAUCUUUUUAUUUAUUCGGGAGUACAAUUUUGUAUGUAGUGCGCAAGUUCUUGUGCGCCUACAAGGGCGACUGUGCAACAUUUUGCAUGCUUAUGCAUGUACACGUUGA